AUGUUCAAAAAUGUGUUCGGCUCAGGCUUUCUGGUGAGAACAGCUCAUGUGAUUCUGACAUGGGUCAUAACGUUAAUACUCUUCCUUCAUGAUACAGAGCUGAGGAAGCAGGAGGAGACAGGCCAGCUGGUGCAGCCGGUGCUCUUUGUCCUGCUGGUGUUGGUGUCAGUUUUGCUCUACUUUGCUGUUUCUCUGAUGGAUCCUGGCUUCAUCUUGUCUGAUGACAGCGAUUUACAGUUCACACUGGGAGUGACUGAGGAGCAGCAGGACAUGAUCCCACCCACCUCCAAAUCCCUGCGACAGAGGCGCUGUGGUCACUGUCUGCUUCAGCAGCCAAUGAGAUCAAAGCACUGCCAGACGUGUCAGCACUGCGUUCGGCGUUACGACCAUCACUGCCCGUGGAUCGAGAACUGCGUGGGCGAGAGGAACCACCGCUGGUUCGUGCUUUAUCUGGCCGUACAGCUGCUGGUGCUGCUGUGGGGUUUGCACAUAGCCUGGACCGGUUUCAGCUACGUGCCCAGCUGGCAGAUGUGGUUGCGUACUAACGGCAUGCUGCUGGCCGUCGCCGUGCUGGUGGCUCUGCUGUCUCUGAUCGUGCUGCUGCUGCUCGGCUCUCACCUCUACCUGGUUUCUCUCAACACCACCACCUGGGAGUUCAUGUCACGCCACCGCAUCUCCUACCUCAAACACUGCGGAGCAGACGAAAACCCCUUCGACCGAGGCACCUUCCACAACCUGUGGGGUUUCUUCUGCGUGUGGGGCUCCGUGGUGUGGGAGCAGGUGUACUUCAGAGAGGGCAGCGACCAAGUGUAGGGAAUAAGUCUGCAUUCCACUCACGAACAACUUCCACAAACCUGUCUGGACUGAAGAUCCACAUGAGCACAACAUUUGGAGAUAAACUAUUAUUAUUAUGUGCAGGUUAUAUUUGUAUAGGCACUUGUGUUGUUGUGCCAUAACUGUAACAUUUCCUGUUUUCUUGAACAUCUCUCCUCCUUUUUUCCCUCUUAUACUCUCUUAUGGUUGUUAUUACACUAAAAAUAGUCCAACAGGUGCCCAGAAAGAAGCUCCUGCUCCUCUGUGUGGACAGCAGAUGCGCUCAUGUCUCCUCAUCACAACUAUUGUUUACAAUCUGACCUAAAACAGGAAAUGAUCCACAGUAUCUACAGGCACUUGCCUGUUGUCCCUGUUGACUGAAGCUUAUGCUUUGUUUAUGCACCCACAUCCACUCUUG